AAACACGUGUAUAAAGUUGUACAUUAAAUAUAUUGAUGUUUGUAGUUGUUAAUUAAAAUAACAAAGUAAUUUGCAUCGUAUUAUAUAUCUUCAACAAAAUUAAAAUGGAAAUAUCACCACCAGAACCUCCAACAACCAUAACUGCCCGUUUCAAAUCUGAUUCUGGUGAAGAUAUUGGAACACCCUUUAAUUUACCAUUUGAUGUUACUGUUGAACAAUUAGGACUAGUUUGCAAUGCACUCCUUCAAAAUGAAAAGCCAGUUCCAUAUCUAUUCUUUGUAAAUGAAGUUGAAAUAAAUAAGAAGUUAUCGAAUAGUAUUGAUUUAAAUACAUUUGACACAGAAGGUGUCUUAGAUAUUGUAUAUCAAGAACAAGCUGUAUUUAAAGUUCGACCUGUUAGUAGAUGCACCAGUUCUUUACCUGGUCAUGCCGAGGCUGUAAUAUCAUUAAGUUUUGGACCACAAGGUGAUAAAUUAGCGAGUGGUUCAGGUGAUACAACAGUAAGAUUGUGGGAUAUUCUAACACAAACUCCGAUUCAUGUCUGCAAAGGACACAGGCAAUGGGUUUUAUGUGUAUCUUGGUCACCUUGCGGUACAAAACUGGCAUCAGGUUGUAAAGCUGGUGAAAUAAAACUUUGGAAUCCAGAAACUGGACAACAGAUUGGUAAAACACUCAUAGGACAUAAACAAUAUAUCACUUCUUUAAGUUGGGAACCUUAUCACAGUAAUCCAGAUUGUAGACUUCUUGCUAGUUCUAGUAAAGAUACAGAUGUUAAAAUAUGGGAUACCGUUUUAUGUCAGCAUAUUUUAACCCUAUCUGGUCAUACGCAGGCAGUUACUACUGUUAAAUGGGGCGGCUUGGGUCUUUUAUAUACUGGAAGUCAUGAUAGAGAAAUCAAAAUAUGGAGAGCAAAAGAUGGAAUAUUAUGCAGAACACUUAAAGGACAUGCUCAUUGGGUCAAUAGUUUAGCAUUGAAUACAGACUAUGUUCUAAGGACAGGACCUUUUCAUCCCGUCAUGGAUAAAAAUGUUAAAAUUACUGAUAAGAAUGUGAUGAAACAAUUAGCUCAAGAACGUUAUAAUGCUGUUUGCAGUGACUAUGAAACACUUGUAUCAUGUUCAGAUGAUUUUACAUUAUAUUUAUGGACCACAAAUAAAAAUAAAUGUAUUGCUAGGUUGACUGGUCAUCAAAAUGUAGUGAAUGAUGUUAAAUUUUCCCCUGAUGUACGAUUAAUUGCAUCUGCUUCUUUUGAUAAAUCUGUUAGAUUAUGGAGUGCUAUUGAUGGAAAAUUUAUUGCAACAUUACGUGGACAUGUUCAAGCCGUUUAUUCUAUAGCAUGGGCAGCAGAUUCUCGUUUGCUUGUUAGUGGUAGUGCUGAUUCAACUUUGAAAGUCUGGAGUGUUGCUAACAAGAAGUUGGAAAUGGACCUACCCGGUCAUGCUGAUGAUAUCUAUGCUGUUGAUUGGUCUACUGAUGGAUUAAAAGUAGCUUCAGGAGGGAAGGAUAAAGUAUUAAGAUUAUGGCAACAUUGA